AAAUGGAAUGGCUCUCUGCGGUGUGUCAUGUCUGUGUAUUGUUGAGUUCCAAUAAAAUAAAUCUACAAAAUUAAGUAGUUUUAAUCCAAAAUAUAAUAUUGGCGACGAGGACAUUCGGACAGCACGGCGAAGCAAAUAAAUUAACCACAAGAACAAAAGCGAUCAGAAGGACCGGCCAAACGUGAAAUGAAACGUAAUGACAGAUGUCAAGGCGGGUGAUAAAGAAAAUAAAUUGAUAGAAGACGCGGAUGUCUUAAUAUCGUUGGUAAAACAAGGAAAAAGAAGUUAUAUUUACCGGUGUGGAAAAGACAUUUUAAUAAAAAUAGUAAAUGAAGAAGGUUUACAGUGCCCGCAAAAUCAAACUGUCGACGCGUUACGGAAGUUGUUAAGUGAUUACUACCAAAAUAAAGGGCAAAGCCAACCAAAAAUUUUAAAAUACAAUAUCAUGACAAACUACGAAAUAAAACCAUUUAACGGAGACAACUGGGAGGUCUUCGAGCAACAGUUAGAAUCUUUAAUACUCUUAAAUGAUGUACCAGAAGAUAAACAAGUGGCAUUGCUUAUUACUAAACUAACCCCAAAUGUAUUUGAAACAUUACAAAUUCUGUGUAAGACAAAAAAACCAAUAACAUUAACUUACAAGGAGUUAUGCGACAAACUACGAGAUAAAUAUACACUAACUAAGACACCAUUGUUAGACAGAGCCGAGUUUAGACGACGCAACCAACUACCUACUGAGACAAUAGAAGAGUAUGUGUUAAAUCUCCGAAAAUUAUCUCGCAAAUGCCAUUUCAAAGACGAAGAAGACCAGAUUAAAGAAAAACUUGUUGAUGGAGUGUUCUCUAAACUAAUUAAAUUUGAACUGAUGAAACAAAGUGCACAGGCAAAAUUAGAAGAUCUUAUAAACCUAGCAAAAACAGUGGAGUCUGCAUAUAAGCAAGCUAAUGGCGAAGAAGAAACAAGUAAUAUUUCAUAUGUCAAACCAAAUUCCAGAACACCAAGACAGAGGUAUGCACCCCCAAAGAAGAAUAAUACUAAUAACAUGAAAAGUAAGUGUUUCUGCUGCGGGAAAGAUAACCACAUUAAAAAUGAUUGUACACUGAAGACAAAGUUUUGCUCGGAAUGUGGCCAACAAGGUCAUAUAUUUAAAAUGACAAAAUGA